ACAAGACACAAUGUCCGACUCUCCUACACCCGAUGCAAGCGCCUCUGAUAUGCGCAAGGGACGCACACCAAAACUCGCGUCCUCUGUGCACGACGUCAACGCCGAAAAACCGCCCUUUGGCUCCCGCUUCCUCACCGCAGACGCAGACGUCUUCUCCCAAAACGCAUGGGACCACGUUCCCCCGCCCGACGAGCACGACGAGCACAUCGCAGCCUCGCUCGCCCGCCAGCGCGCCGCGCCCUGUCCGGAGCCCGAGCGCCAGAAGAUCAACGACAGGCCCGCGAAGCACUGGUGCGUCUCCCUUGUGGAGUUAAUAGUGCCCGGGGACGCUGAUACAUCAGGCGGAAGGGAUAAUUUCUACAAGACGAACGCGGACAAUUUCUUCAGGGACCGGAACUGGCUCAGCCUCGAGUUCCCCGAGCUCCUCGCCGCAACGGCGCCCGACGCAGGCCCUCAGACCGUCUGCGAAAUCGGCUGCGGCGCAGGCAACACCGCCUUCCCCCUCCUCACCACCUCCCGCAACCCUUCCCUCACCAUCCACGCGCUCGACUUCGCCGCACACGCCAUCAAACUCGUACAGCGCCACCCGCUCUACACCGCGCCGCCCCCCGGCGCGGGCCGCGUCCGCGCGGCGGUGUGGGAUCUCACGGCGCGCGAGAUGCCCGCGGGCGUGCGGGAGGGAAGCGUGGAUGUUGCGUUGAUGGUGUUCGUGAUGAGCGCGUUGGGGCCGGGGGAGUGGGAGAGCGCGGUGCGGAGUGUGUGGCGUCUGCUGAAGCCAGGCGGGCUGCUUCUCCUAAGGGACUACGGCCGGUACGAUCUCGCGCAGCUGCGGUUCCGCACGGGACGGCUGCUGGGGGACAAUUUCUAUGCGCGCGGGGAUAAGACGCGGGUGUAUUUCUUUGAGCUCGACGAGCUCGCGCUGCUGUUCACGGGCGAGCGCGCGACGCCCGCGCAGAAGGCCUCGGCGGAAGGUGUGCGUGUCGAGGAUGAAGAAGAAGGGCAAGAGGGCGCGAUUGUGAACGGGGGAACAGCGUCGCCCGGAAUUGCGGGGGCACAUACACCUGUCCCUCAGAGCGACGGUGCAUCGUCACCAGACGCUUCAAGUGCUGGUCUCACCGCCGGCUUCUCUGUGCCAACGCCUUCUCUAGAUCCGUCGUCGCUGCCCCCGUCACAAGCGGGCGCAACACCAGCCCCGGAAUCAGAAUCAGACUCGGACCCAUCCCGAUUCGCGUCCGCAGAACGCGCCGCAGCGUCUCUACACGCCUCCGGCGCGCUCUUCACCGCCGAGCAGCUCGGCGUCGACCGGCGGCUGCUCGUCAACCGCAAGCGGCAGCUUAAGAUGUAUAGGGUGUGGGUGCAGGGCAAGUUCCGCAAGGUGUGAGGUGUGGGGUCUGGAGGCUCGUUACAUGUUGUGCAUGUUUUUUUAAUCCUACCUGGGUCGGUGAUGUAGCAUUGUGGGUUAAACGAGCCCAUGGUGCACCUACGAGUACGGC